AUGGCUAUCUCGUCGGGUACCUCUUCUUCCUCUUAUGUGGAUAAUUCUACUCUUAUUGAACGUAUUGCUACUAUUUGUCUUCCUUUUCAUCCUGAUGAUUAUACGCACCCAUGCCACCCUCUAUAUAUGCAUCCUUCUGACCUCCUAGGUUCUUCCUUGGUCAUUGAGCCUUUUGAUGGCUCUUGUUAUGGGAGUUGGCGAAGGUCUAUUUUAGUGGCUUUAUCCAGAUAUAAUGAUUUGGUUGUUGCGUGGCUGGCUAACUCUGUGACCAAGGAAAUUUAUCGUACUAUUGUCUAUUCUGAGUUUGCAAAGGACAUUUGGAAGGAACUUGAGACCAGAUAUGGGAAAGCUGAUGGGGCCAAGCUUUGGGAUGAAUUGGCCUCUCUAUCUGCCAGUUCUGAUAGUAAGUACACCUGUGGAGGCAGUCUUAGGUCUGAGGAAAAACAAAAUGUCUAUCAGUUCCUCAUGGGGCUCAGUGAUACUUAUGUUCAAGUCAGAAGUAACAUAUUGAUGAUCAAGCCCCUACCUUCCAUUGACACAGUCAACAGUAUUCUUCUAAGUGAUGAGAAACAGAGGCAGGUGUCUACUGGCUCUCAUUUUUCCUUAGAAUCAGCUUCUUUCAAUGUUGGGUCUUCUAAGCAGCCUUACACUCCCAGGGUGAGUUUUGACAAUCAAAGGGCUGCAAUCACUUGCAAAUACUGUAAGAAGCCUGGGCAUAGCAUUGAUAAGUGCUACAAGCUCCAUGGCUAUCCGCCAAAUUUCAAAUUCUCUAAGACUGCUGGUCCCAGGAAAGCUUCAGCACAUAGUGCAGUUGAUUCAUCUGCAUCCCAGGAAUGUGUAUCUCAUUCCAAUGGUGGUGUUGUCCCAGCUGGUUUCUCUAAUUCUUCUUCUACUUUUCCUGGCCUGACAAAGGACCAAUGUUCUCAGCUAAUCUAG